AUGUCCUGGGACCUCUCUAUUCAAAAGCAAAGGUUUCCUGGCAGUGCCGAGUACCCUGACCUGCGGAAGCACAACAACUGCAUGGCCAGCAACCUGACGCCCGCCAUCUAUGCCAGGCUCUGUGACAAAGCAACCCCAAACGGCUGGACCCUGGACCAGUGCAUCCAGACGGGUGUCGACAACCCUGGCCACCCCUUCAUCAAGACAGUGGGCAUGGUAGCUGGCGAUGAAGAAACCUACGAGGUGUUUGCUGACCUGUUCGACCCCGUGAUUCAGGAGCGGCACAACGGAUACAACCCCCGCACCAUGAAGCACGUCACAGACCUGGAUGCCACCAAGAUAAAGUUUGGCCACUUUGAUGAGCGCUACGUGCUCUCCUCCCGGGUCCGGACUGGGCGCAGCAUCCGUGGGCUGAGCCUGCCGCCAGCCUGCACCCGCGCCGAGCGGCGAGCGGCGUUUCACAACUACAGUACCGAUGUAUUAGGCAUCACUCUUUGGAAGUUGCACAACAACGAGAAGACCUUCCUGAUCUGGAUCAACGAGGAGGACCACACGCGCGUCAUCUCCAUGGAGAAGGGUGGCAACAUGAAGCGCGUCUUCGAGCGGUUCUGCCGGGGCCUGAAGGAGGUGAGCACCCACCAGCCCCUGCUGCACAACAACGAGAAGACCUUCCUGAUCUGGAUCAACGAGGAGGACCACACGCGCGUCAUCUCCAUGGAGAAGGGUGGCAACAUGAAGCGCGUCUUCGAGCGGUUCUGCCGGGGCCUGAAGGAGGUGGAGCUGGUGCAGCUGGUGAUAGAUGGUGUGAACUACCUGAUUGACUGCGAGCGGCGGCUGGAGAAGGGGCAGGACAUCCGCAUCCCCUCCCCGGUGCCCCAGUUCCGGCACUGA